CCGGUGAGCGGUUGCUUCAUAAGUUAGUCCAUUUUUCUUUCAAUUGGUUGUUUCUUUCUUUCUUGGAUAUAUUUAUCCUCCACGUGGCAGGUAGUCAAGGUGGUGGCUUACAGAAGCUGCCACGUUGCCCAGCAGCACGAGAAACGGAAGGAGGUAGCUCCGGCCACCGGGAUUACAGGUAACUUUAUAGUUUUAAAAAGUAAAAGUGUCUUACUUUUCUUUUCUUCUGAAAAUGUGUAUAAGAAACCGGCUUUUGCAUCUUCAGUUUCACGAUAAACACACACCCAUUUCUCCUUUCUUUAUCCCUACACAACUCCCACCCAUAGACACAAAUCCAUUUCUUCUUCCAUUACUCUCUUAAAUAUAACUCUCCAGAAAAAAAAAAAAAAGAAAAAACCUUCAAAUAUAAUCAUCAUCGUCAUUUAAUGGCUCUUGCUACACCCCCAUCAUCCUUAACUAUCCAUCAACAUGAAGUUGGAACCAUCUCCGCCGUCUAUCAUGACAUCUUUCGGACUCACAUCCUCACCCGCCUCGACGGCCCUGCCUUGGCUUCUCUCUCCUGCACUUCCUCCGAGUUGUACACCCUCUGCACUGAAGAUAAACUCUGGCAAAAUAUUUGCAAGUCUAUUUGGCCAUCCAUUAAUACCCCACUUAUCAGGAGUGUUAUUUCUACCUUCCCUUCUGGUCACCGCUCAUUUUUCUCUAAUUCAUAUCCUCUGCUCCAUCACCACCGCCACAGCUUCACCAAUCUUGCGCCAGCAACCGAGGAAUUGAUCUCAGCUGUUGAUGUUUACUACAAAAGCGUUGCUGUCUUUUCUGAGGUUGAGACCACCGAGACUGUGACCGGGUGUUUCUCGUGCUCUCCAUUCAGGGUGGACAUACUUCACUCAGAGGAAUUUGUGCCUACAUGGGUACAGCAUGUGGGUGAAAAAGACUCGUGGCUUAAGCAACUUGAAGAGAAUGUAACUCUAAGCUGGAUCUUGAUCGACCCGAAACAAAAAAGGGCCAUGAACCUGUCGAGUAAGAGGGCAGUUUCAGUGCAGAGGCACUGGCUAACAGGGGAAGUGCUUGUCAAAUUUGCUACCAUCCUGGCAGGGAUUAAGGGGUCGGAGAAGGAGUACGUGGAGUGUGAGAUGGUGGUGACGUGCGGGGGGAAGGAAGGAGAGGAGGUUCGUGUGAGGGAUGUGAGCAUGAGGAUGGAUGAUAUGGAGGGAAGGUCAUUGACAGGGAAAGAUAGUCUGGUUAUUUUGAACGGAGCAAUGGAAAGAGGAGAGAGGAGGAAAGGGGAAGAUGGGAAAGAGAGGUAUAAGGAUUUUUUAGGGAGGAAAAGAGAGAUGAUAAAGAGGAAACAGAAUCAGAGAAGAGGGAGUGUUCUGGAUUGGAUUUGCAAUGCUACUGGAGUAACUUAUUUUAUGGCAUAGAUAGGAACAAAUGUUUGAUCAAUUUGUUUAUUCAUAAAUUAUAUAAAAUACUCAUAUUUGCAUGUAGAAAGAAUUUGUGGGGCUGCUGGCUGGUACGAUGAUGAUCCGAUUUUCUUUUAUUAAUUUGUUAUAAAAGGAUUUCAAUAAAACAGAAAACUCCCUUAUGUACUUAUUGCCCCAGGCAGGCAGGUAUUUCAAGGAUAGACACUUUGAUCUCUAGUAUUUGAUAAUGAAAUUCUGUAUUUCAGUGAAUGAUAACUCGACAAGCAAUUCUGUACUCCUUCUCCGACCCCUUAAUCCCUGCCAGGAUGGUAGCAAACUUGACAAGCUCUUCUCCUCUCACAACUUCUUGAAAGCUGGGUUAGAAUCAGAAUCUUUGCUAGAAAAGUCAGCCACCUCAUAAAAGUGGGCCUUCUGUGUUUGGGCUGAAAAAGAAAAGCAGAAAUCGAAAUGGGUUAUUGCUUUCGGAGAUGAGGCUUUGACAGGUUAGUGUUAUUUCAGCAACAAAUAUUUACUAACCAAAACUCAUACAUAGAGAAAGGAAUUCCAUUUGCUGUGUUGUAGUAGUUUUGGUUUCAUGCUCAUCUGUUCGUCUUCUUCUUCUUUCAUGUGACCAAAGAAUUUGGUUUCUUUGUGCAUGUCAAUUUGCUUUAGUGGUAUUCGUUGGGUUCUGCCA